AGACCCAGUUCCUGGACCUGCCCUGGAAAAGAAGUAUCCAGUAGAGAUGAGCUCACUGCAGUUACUUAAUUAAAAAUUUGUAAGCUGCAAAAAUGGCAAUGGGCCAACCAAGAACAGCUACAAUUUGAAUUUUUCUAUUUCCAGAAAAUGCUUGGCCAGAAGAGAUGAGUACUAAUUCCACUAAGGCCUAGAAUUGCCUACUGUACGGAUAGUCCUGAGCAGGCAGUAUACGAAUGGCCCAAGGAAGCCACCAAAUUGAUUUUCAGGUUUUACAUGACCUGCGACAAAAAUUCCCUGAAGUACCUGAAGUUGUUGUAUCCAGGUGCAUGCUACAGAAUAAUAAUAACCUGGAUGCUUGCUGUGCUGUUCUCUCUCAGGAGAGUACAAGGUAUCUUUAUGGUGAAGGAGACCUGAAUUUUUCGGAUGAUUCAGGAAUUUCUGGCCUACGUAAUCACAUGACUUCUCUCAAUUUGGACUUGCAAUCACAGAAUGUUUACCACCAUGGAAGAGAAGGAAGUAGAAUGAAUGGAAGUCGGACUUUAACACACAGCAUUAGUGAUGGACAGCUUCAAGGUGGUCAGUCCAACAAUGAACUAUUUCAGCAGGAGCCACAGACAGCACCAGCCCAAGUUCCUCAAGGCUUUAAUGUUUUUGGAAUGUCCAGUACAUCUGGUGCUUCAAAUGCAACACCACAUCUUGGAUUUCACCUAGGCAGCAAAGGAGCAUCUAACCUUUCUCAACAAACUCCCAGAUUUAAUCCAAUUAUGGUAACGUUAGCCCCAAAUAUCCAGACUGGUCGUAAUACUCCUACAUCUUUGCACAUACAUGGUGUACCUCCACCUGUACUUAACAGUCCACAGGGAAAUUCUAUCUAUAUUAGGCCUUAUAUUACCGCUCCUAGUGGUACAACUCGACAGACACAACAGCAUUCUGGCUGGGUAUCUCAGUUUAAUCCCAUGAACCCUCAGCAAGUCUAUCAACCUUCACAGCCUGGUCCUUGGACUACUUAUCCUGCAUCUAAUCCUCUGCCACAUACCUCAGCCCAACAGCCAAAUCAGCAAGGCCACCAGACCUCUCAUGUCUACAUGCCCAUCAGUUCACCUACUACUCCACAACCACCAACAGUUCAUUCAUCUGGUAGCUCACAGUCUUCUGCCCAUAGCCAAUAUAACAUUCAGAAUAUUUCGACAGGACCUCGAAAAAACCAGAUUGAAAUCAAACUUGAACCCCCCCAAAGAAACAAUUCUUCAAAAUUACGUUCUUCUGGACCUCGAACCGCCAACAGUUCCUCUUCAGUCAAUAGCCAGACCUUAAGUAGAAAUCAGCCCACUGUUUACAUAGCUGCCAGUCCUCCAAGUACUGAUGAGAUGAUCUCUCGGAGUCAGCCUAAGGUCUAUAUUUCAGCUAAUGCCACCACAGGAGAUGAGCAGGGCCUACGGAAUCAGCCCACACUCUUCAUAUCCACAAACUCUGGGGCAUCUGCUGCCUCCAGGAAUAUGUCUGGACAAGUGAGCAUGGGCCCUGCUUUCAUACAUCAUCACCCUCCCAAAAGUCGAGCUAUAGGCAAUAACUCUGCAACUUCUCCUCGAGUGGUAGUCACCCAGCCCAACACAAAAUACACCUUCAAAAUUACAGUUUCUCCCAAUAAGCCCCCUGCAGUUUCACCAGGGGUUGUGUCCCCGACCUUUGAACUUACAAAUCUUCUCAAUCAUCCUGAUCAUUAUGUAGAAACAGAGACUAUCCAGCACCUCACUGACCCAUCCUUAGCACAUGUGGAUAGAAUAAGUGAAGCCCGGAAACUGAGUAUGGGAUCUGAUGAUGCUGCCUAUACACAAGCUCUGUUGCUACACCAGAAAGCCAGAAUGGAGCGUCUUCAAAGAGAACUUGAGAUUCAGAAGAAAAAGCUGGAUAAACUAAAAUCCGAGGUCAAUGAAAUGGAAAAUAAUCUAACCCGAAGGCGAUUGAAAAGGUCAAAUUCCAUAUCCCAGAUCCCUUCACUUGAAGAAAUGCAGCAGUUGAGAAGUUGUAAUAGACAACUCCAGAUUGACAUUGACUGCUUAACCAAAGAAAUUGAUCUUUUUCAAGCCCGAGGACCACACUUUAACCCCAGCGCUAUUCAUAACUUUUAUGACAAUAUUGGAUUUGUAGGUCCUGUGCCACCAAAACCCAAAGAUCAAAGGUCCGCCAUCAAAACACCAAAGACUCAAGACACAGAAGAUGAUGAGGGUGCUCAGUGGAACUGCACUGCCUGCACUUUCUUGAACCAUCCAGCCCUAAUCCGCUGUGAACAGUGCGAGAUGCCACGGCAUUUCUGAGCCAGAAGGCCCUGUGUCUUCUCCACAGCCACGUCUAAAUUCAAGAACCUGAGUUUCACUGCUACAUAGGAUUUUGUCAAAUUGAAGGUGUGACAAGAUGGUGUUGUGCUAAUAUUAAAUGUCAGCCCACAGAGCUAAUAAUACCUCAGUAGAAUGUCACGGGCAGUUGAGAGCCGUCCCGUGGAAGGGGAUCUGCUGAAAGACGGGGGUGCCUGCUGCCUGCCAUGUCCCACGGUGGAUGGUUCUCGCUCUGUUACGCCUACGUGUUCCCACUGCUUUCUCCCCUCAUGUCACUACUGAUUUUUGACAGGAGGAAGGAAAGAAUGAUAGCUUCUUUGCUGUUUUUAAAGCUUUCAGUGAAACACUACACACAAGAGGAGGAACAAGGUUUAACUAUUUAAAGACUGUUCGCUGCCGCAUAGUGCCAGGGACGGGGAAGAACUUCAUCUUCACACACCUGUGGUACUCUGGCCCUGUCUUCGUCUUCCCUGAAGACGUCUCUGUGAAGCCAGCAUCUCGGGUCUCAGAUGAGAAGGAAAGCAGCUUACGUUGUCUGUACAAACAUGCAGUGAGAUACCCCAAGCUUUCCCUCCUGUACAGAUUUCUCGUCUGCUUUAAGUGAUUUCUUCUUUAUUAUUUUCUUAUACGUCUAUAUGUAUAGUGUAAUAGCCUUUUGUUAACUAAUUUUCUUUUUUCUUUUUAGUUGUUAAUCACGAUCAUGUCCCCUUUUAAAAGCCUUACCUGAGAAAAGCAAUGCCAUGAAAUAAAAAGCAUUAAUGAAUGAAACGAUGCACAAAAUAACUUUCCUCUACUUAUUUUGUACUUUGCCCUCAUGGGUGCCAUGUUGUGUGAUGCCAGACAGAUGCAUUGCAGAAAACAGGACGAUGGUCUUAGGAGAUGACACCACACCCUGUGUACUGACUCUGUCAGGGUGACAAAACAGUGUUUAGUCUUCCACAGAGAAGCUUAAAGCGAGGAGUUUUUAACCCACAGACAGAGCGCUUCACCUGCUUGGUGUCCACGGAACUGUCACCGAGGUUGUUACCGGGAAAGUACAGUUUCAAAAUGAGCAACCGACAGCCCCUCCCCCCCCCCUUUUUAGAAAGAUGUUUAAGUGAUUUGCUGUUGGGACAAUCCAUUUCUAAACUGACUUGGUGGCAGUACCACAUGUAUUUACACAAACAAGACUAGGCAUAUUUAGGACAACUGAAGAAAAGCUGGAAAAAGAAAAAAAAAAACUUGAACACUGAAGCAACCUCAAGCAUCUCUUUAUUUUGAUGAUCUAUUUUUGUAAGAAAAAUAAAUAUUUAGAUAAUCAGGAGUGUAUAUAAACUAAAUGAAAUCAAGAAAAAUCUUAGCAGUAUACAUUUUUAAAGAAUUAUGAAAUUACAUACCAGUGCUUAGAAUGGAGCUAAAGGAAGUGUUAAAAUACAGCAAAAGAAAGGAGGUAGCAUACUGUCACCACUGUAAGACGUCUGCAAAUGGCUGUGUUCUCGCACUCAGCAUGAUUGCAGGUGACCUCUGCAGAGCAGAACGGAAUACAACAAUGCUAGUUGUAGACAAUAGACCCAAAGCCCUGACAUUUGAUGCAUUUGUUUUAAAAGUAGGCCUUGUUUUUUUCAGCUUCAUCUGCGGUUCUAUGUGAAGAUUGAUAAAUCAGUUUUUACUUGUUUUAUUAAUAAAACGUAAUUUGGAUAUCUGAGUUGAUGGUUUUUGUGAUUUAGCUGGGUAAACUAUCUUUGUAACAGAUAAGUUAUUUAUAAAAAUUAAAAAACUUAUAUUCUAA